CCGCCACAGAAACUUCCGUGGCUUCGUCUGUUCUAUCCAAGAAGUACUCCAUUUUGGCAGUCUCCCUGGUGGCAAUGUUUGGAUUGGUGCUACACGGCAUACGAUACGACAUUUGCGUCUUUCUGCACAAGGGGGAUCUGACGGAUUCCAAAGCUAAGGAUCUCCAAGUAGACCAACAGAAACCACCACCACCACCCCAGAACAGCACGCAUGCUACCGUCAUGGGAAUGGCAUAUCUUUACCCAAAGAACAAAAUGGAGGGGUUUAUUACCUCGCUGCGAAGAACUGGAUAUCAGGGCAACAUUAUCAUGGGUAUAUCCGAAACACCCGACGAGGGCGUGGUGGAAUAUCUGAAAGAGAACAACGUCAUGAUCAAGACACUCAAAAUGGUCAACUGUUCCAUCCACUUCUUUCGUGAAAAGGACAAGGAUUUGAUCAGUCUCGAGAAUAAAAUGUGCGUGCAUCCCCAUCCUGACCUCAAGAUUCGCUGGGGCAGAUUCGCUUUGAUGGGGGAUUGGCUGGAGGAAUGCCAACAAUGUCAAGGGCCAGUUCUGGUGUCAGAUAUUAGAGACACGUUCUUCCAACGUGAUCCAUUUGGGCCAGAGGCACCUCCCGUAAAAGGAUUGCAGGUGUUUGAGGAACAUACUAGAAUGCGAACAACAAACUGGUUGGUCCAACACCCUGUAGAAGUCUGCAAGAAGAUCAAGAUUUGGAACUACCCCAUGCUUUGCAGUGGCACCACCAUCGGAACCAGGGAGACCAUGUUGCAGUAUUUGCGGGCCAUGGCUGCUGAAGGGAGGAUGUGGAUGAAAGAUAAAGACUGUUGUUGUACUGGCAUUGCAGGAGAUGAUCAAUCCAUCCACAACUGGCUCUAUUACACAGGCGGGUUGCCAAUGGCAGAAGCACAGCAGAACCGAAUGGGUCUCGUCAACACAGUGGGAAACCAAGGUCAUUAUGUCGCCUCCGCGAAGAAACCGUUCUCCACCGACGAGGAGGAAAAGAGAGGAGCGUGGCUAGGGCAAGAGUUCGACCAGACAGAUCUGGAAGGUUACUUCACAAACCUCAAUGGAGAACGGUCGUUUGUGGUUCACCAAUACGAUAGGUAUGGUGGUCGCCUUGAUGCCUGGUUGAGGAACUUUGGGCCUUUGAAAGGGCUGUAGUGUGGAUGCUCGUCUUCAGCACAAGCUUGUGCUGCUGGGAACGUAACUCCUCGCUUCUGAUCGAGACCAUGGCAAACACUGGACAAAACAACCAUUGGUUGGAACCAAUGGACGAAGGAACCGUAACCGAGACAACCUAACAAGGGUCGCGGUCAGAGCAGAAUCAAAUGAUCAUGGACAACAUCACUUCACCAGAAGAAGCAGCAGCCCGCCAAGGAGCCAGAAAUCAAGAAAUGGCCGUUCGAGGAAGCCCACUGCUCCCAGCUCAUUGUGGCUUGCUGACUAUUUAAUAGCUGCCAGGUACUGGCAGUGCCACACACAGAAGAGAUCACAAAGAGACCAGGAAUCGAAAGUGUGGCACGAUCACUGCUCUAAGUUUGCUUGCUAACCAGGAAAACUAUUUACUUCUUUGUCGCUAGGUAGAGGUGCUCCUGGCAUGACCAACCAAAGAACACUUGUCGCUCACUGCAGUCUGUGUUGUUGCUGAUGACUGCUUCUAUCAUACUAGAUUCUGGAUGUGGGGUCUUGGGUUGGGUGCCUCCAACUCUGAAGUUUCAGCUUCAGACUCACUCAUCUUCUUCGUCGGAUGAAGGAUAUCCACCCACCAAUUCUUGGAGCCCAGGAGUUGCAACAAAAGAUUGGUGUUUCUUUUUGUCAUGUUUUCCGUAGUCUGUUGAGAGAGGCUUCUUCUCUGCUGCAAGCUUAUCCAAGGUCAGUGUAGAAAAAGCUUGUUUGCUGGCAUUGGAUGACUGCUUCCCGGAAGAAGGGUGUGGUUGAGAGGAACUCUGGCUGACGAAGGGAAGAGACUGUACUUGUGGCAGCGAUAGACUGAUUUGACUCGUCUUAUGCCUUUUUUGAGGCCGUUGUUGAGAAUGAGCUCCGGCUCCUCUGGCAGCUCUCGAUGCUGAAUUGGCCUGCUGAGGAUAAUCAGUGCGGGUGAUUCUGAUAUUCUCUUGGAGACUCGUAGUAGGCUGGUCUGCUGCUGAGGCGUUUGUUUUGGUUAUCUCCAAGGCGACCACAGGAUCAAAAACAACAUUGCUGGUGUGAGAUUGGUGAUACAAUGACUUUGCCAGUUGUUUUGCAGCUGCUUUUGUUUUAUUGGCAUUCCCUUUGACAACAUGGUUAGCCUUGGUGUAAGGUUGCACUGUAUCGACAUCCCGGAAGAGAGUACCACCGCUUUCUCCGACUGACACUAUAAAUGCACUCAAGGCACCAUUCACCCUCACAAUGACCAGGAAAGUUCUCAUCGAUUCCCCGAAAAGUAGUUGCGCAAAGCUUGUUGGGCCGUUUGAGCCGUUUUUGUUGUUGUAUGGAGUUAAUCCGAAUUUGAUGAGACUUUUUGUAAGUGCCGCGGACUUUUCGUUGCCGCUGGGUUGGUGUAUUUGCUUCAGACGGGUAUCAUCAUGAGGAAUGCCGGCUCGAGUUAAGCAAUUUGACAA